AUGGCAGUGCAUGCCUGGUAUCAUCUUCCUUCGGUCGCCACUUGGCUGCGGACGGAGGCAGUUGCUCCCGCAGCUGUUGCAGAGCAUCGCUUCCAGUCGACCAGCAAUGCCGUUGCUGAAGUGCUUUCUUGCGCCUCCAGUGAGCCACACGUGUCACAAGCCAGCUUGGAGGCAGCGGAACUGGUCACCUUUGCGGCCAUCCCAGCCAGCCAGAGAUCACCUGCAAUGGCGCCGGCUGUGAGAUCGGCAAAGCAGCACCACCGCAAGGCGAUGGAAAGAAGCAAAGUGUACCGGAAACAGGUGGUUACCAAGUCUUGGUCGCCGUCGGCUUCGCUUCCAGUUCUUUAUGAAGGCAUGGCAGAGCUUGAAAAUCGCGUGGAUGGCUAUGCGUCAGAUGCACUCGCUGCUGACCAGACAAGGCAUGAAAGCGUCCUCGAGACGCCGCUUGCAUCGCGAGCGGCGCAGUUGUCGCUGUCAGCUCUGCCAGGCAUCCAGAAACAGCAUCCCUCCAUUUCAAGGCCACCACCACCUCCUCGUGGCAUCAUGCCGUGCCCGCCGUGUGAUCCACCUCACCACGCUAUGCGGCAAAGGUCUGCUCAGGUCCGUCGUCAGAUGAAGCAGGUCUCGAUGGCCACGCUCGUGAAUUCCAGCACAAUCUCGCAACGCAAGGAGGUACUGACCUUUUGGCUCGACGAAGUCAGUCCACACAGCUCACAGGCUCAUGCAAGAAGUCCUUCCUUAACGGGUACAGGGGGAUGGCCGCCGCAUGCGAGAAGCGGUUUGCUGGUCUGCGCUGCGUGA